AUGGGUAUUCACGGCUUAACCAAGUUGAUAUCAGAACAUGCACCAGCUGCUAUCAAGAGCCAUGAAAUCAAAAGCUAUUUUGGUCGUAAAGUAGCUAUUGACGCGUCUAUGAGUAUUUAUCAAUUCAUGAUUGCUGUUCGUCAACAAGACGGCCAGCUCUUGCAAAAUGAAGAGGGUGAGACUACCAGUCACCUUAUGGGCAUGUUUUAUCGUACAGUUCGUAUGGUAGACCAUGGCAUUAAGCCUGUCUAUGUUUUUGAUGGUAAGCCACCCACACUCAAGUCUGGUGAACUCGCAAAGCGUAAGGCACGUAAGGAAGAAGCACAAAGCAACUUAGAAGAAGCCAAUGAAGUCGGUACAGCUGAAGACAUCAAUCGAUUCUCGAAACGUACAGUCAAAGUCACACAGACACAUAACGACGAAUGUAAGGAACUACUGAGAACAAUGGGUAUUCCGUAUGUGGAAGCACCUUGUGAAGCUGAAGCACAAUGUGCAGAGUUGGCAAUAGCAGGCAAAGUAUUUGCGGCUGCUUCUGAAGAUAUGGAUACUUUGACAUUCAAGGCACCUAUUUUGCUGCGUCAUUUGACAUUCUCCGAAGCUAGAAAAAUGCCAAUUGACGAAGUGAAUUUGGAAAAGGCUUUAGAAGGUUUAGGAUUAACUAUGUCUCAGUUUAUCGACCUUUGCAUCUUAUUGGGUUGUGAUUAUACACAAUCAAUUAAAGGUGUUGGACCAAAGAGUGCAUACAGUUUGAUUAAAGAACACAAGACAAUUGACGAGGCUAUCAAACAUUUGUCACCUAAAUUAAAAGAAAACAUCCCUGAAGACUGGAAUUAUAAUGAGGCUCGAGAACUUUUUGUAAACCCCGAAGUCACACCCGGAUCAAAGAUUGAGCUUACUUGGACUGGUCCUGAUGUUGAAGCUGUGGUUGAUUUCAUGGUGAGGAAGAAGGGAUUUGCUGAGGAUCGUAUUAGAAAAGGUUGUGAAAAGCUAACAAAGAAUUUGAAACAAGCAACACAGACUCGAGUACAAGAUUUCUUUAAAGCAGUUCCAUCUUCAGCACCAGCUAAAAAA